AUGGCAGGAGAUGACCCUAAAGAGGAUGCUUCUCAACAGCGUCCCUGUCCUCAUGUGAAUGUUGAGACCAUGAAGUUCUUUCUGGACGCUUUUCAAGGAGAUGCUCCUGUGGAUGAGGAGAAAUGGAUAGACACAUUCCUUCAGAAGCUUCAAUGCUUCCAGCAUGGCUGUGAUGCAAUGACGAGCUUCAAGAACAUGCAGAUCACCUAUGGAAGCUUGGGAGCUGCCACACAGGUUUCAGGAGAUUUGACCUUCGAACAUUUCUGGAAAGCCUCGCUUAGGUACUUCGAGCUUUCCAAGGAAGUCUCUGAAGACCAGGCAUGCGAAGAAAUUGGCAAAAUUGCAUGCGCAAUCCAUUGCUACUGGGCCAAGGCCUUGUUUCGCAACCUUGGCGGAACGGGAAGGCGUGAGGCUUUAGAAGCAGCCCUUCAGGCUACCAGUAGCCUCUGGUGUUUACCAGCGACUGAGGUGCCCGUUCCAUCGGAAAAGUCCGAGGAGCGCUUCCUACAGCACUACGAGGCAGAACGUCAGAAGAGAGAGUGGGGCUUUGUGCAAGAGUUCGCCAAGAUCAGGUCUAAAGAGGCUACGCUGGAGGAUGUUGAGGACACUGAUGGCUUGGAGCCAGAUUGCUUUCGAUAUGAGGCGAAAGGCUACCCAGAUGAAACCAGCAGUACCUUACAUCCACCAAGCCCUGCAAAGAACAGCCUUGCAGGGCGCAUCUUCGGCCAGCAUCGCUUCUUGGCUCUUCGCUUGGGAAAGUGUCAAGAAGCCCCACAAGAAGAGUUCCACUUCCUGGGGCGAAGAUACCGAGCCCUGUAUUGGCGGUUGCCAGAUCAGGUGACUUACUUUGCUGAGGAAGGGGAUGGUCUUGAGUCCCUCAAGGUGCAGGACCUCAUGGACCGUUUGGUACCGCUAGAGCCCAAUCAGGACAUGACUUUGUUGAAGUACAAUCAACGACUUCAACUAUCAUUCUCAGAGACAAGAGCCGAAGUUCAGCUCAAAGUUCGGUUGGAAACGGAUCUCAGUGAUGUCAACAAUGAAUUUUGCCUCUCGGAUGGUUGUGGUUGCAUCUCCAUGGAAGCAGCCCAAAGAUGCGCAUUGAAACUGGGCUUUGAGGAAGUUCCAGGCGUCUUCCAAGCGCGCUGUGGUCCAUUCAAGGGGCUGUGGGUCCUCGACCCUCAACAAGAUAAACAGGUUGACUUGAUAGUGAGAGAAUCCCAGCAAAAGUACCAGCUAUCGGACUGCAAGGAGGAGUUUGAUUUCGAGGUUUUGAAGACUUCGUCAAAGCCACUGCAUAGUGAUCUUACCCCAAACUCCAUCCAAGCGCUGGAAAGUUUGGGAGCUUCACCUGAGCUUUUUAUGGAAAGGCAGCAACAAAUUCUCGAGACUUUGCGCAGGGUCUUUGAUGACGACAAGUCUAAGGGCAAAAAAGCCUUGCAGGAACUUUUGGACAGCAAUAUGUUCAAACCUGGCAUUGAGAAGCCACUUCGUGAACACAUGGAUCUUGAGUUCCCUUGGUUCCAUCCGGCAUUCCAAUCGCUUUGCCACCGCGCGUGUGCUGAGCUACGUUCACGUUGCUGUGAGGAGUUGAAACUGCCCUUGAAAGAGGCCAGACGUGCUUGGAUUGUGCCAGAUCACACAGGCACAUUGCAAGAGGGAGAGUGUUUCCUCCAACUACCCCAUCAUUUAGACAUUCCCUCCUUGGCUGGAAAGGAGGUGCUUUUGAUUCGAGCUCCCUGCUAUCACAGCAGCUCGGUCUUGAAGCUUCGCAUUCCAAAGGAAACUCCAAUGCGCCUUAAGCAUUUAGUCAAUGUAGUGGUUCUAAAUGCUUGGGCGGAGCGUAGUGGGCCAGCUGAUGCUGAAGUAAUGGGUGGUGAUCAUGACGGCGACACGGCUCUUGCAAUUUGGGACCAGGAAUUUGUUGCAGCUGUCACCACCACUGGCAGUGCUGUUGUGGAGGCGAAGACUGAAGUGCGAGAGUUGAAGCGGAUCCAAGAUGUGGAACCAGACCAGCUUGCACGAUGUUUGCUUGCUGAGCUGCCACUGGCUGCCAAGUCCCAUGCAGCCUUUUGCGAUGCGGACAAGAAACGAAGAGACUGGGCAGAUAAGGACUGUUGGGAGCCUUUUGACUUUGGCUUUGGAGAGAAAACUACUCGCCUGGCAGCAAUUUGCCAAGCAGGCGUUGAUUGUGCUUCCAAUGGCCGCGUCAUUGAGUUGCCAGAGGAUUUGCAACGCCCUGAAAGGUCAGAUUGGGCAUAUCGGGGCAAGCAACGAAAGGGAGCCGGUUAUGAGUCUGAAAGAGCCUGUGGUCAGCUUUUUCGCACCCGGUGCCGCUUUCAUGAUGGCGAAGUAGAUAAUGUGAGGGUGGCAGAAUACUUCUCCGCCAGCCAAUUGGGUUUCGAUGAUUGGAGUAGUGACCAGCUGUCUGAAGCCACAACAUUUAUUUUGACAAAAGUGUCGCACUACUAUGAGCAAAAAAGAAGGAUUCUUGAUAGGCAGUAUUUGUCCAAACAAUGGAAGUUAGAUCUGGAGAAGGCUUUGUUUAGAGGUUGUGCUCGCGGCAAGCACGACUAUCCAGAAGGACUUGUUGGAGCGACUGCUUACAUGGUGUGGCUGUCAGCUCGAACUGCAUGCAAGUCCCUCAGCGGAGCCCAGAAAGAUGUGAUUGAACCAACUUUGCAGGACAUGCUGAAGCGAUCCCAAGUGAUUUUGGAGCCUCCAACCCUUCCAGCCAAAGACAUUUGGCGUUUGUUCGAAGGCGAGAUCCUGACUGCCCGGUCAAGGCGAUUGCAUGGCGUAUGUUUGCACAAGCCGGAGGAAUCCUUUCUGAUUGAUCCAGUCAAGGUGCGCUUCUCGCACCCAUGGAUCAGCCCGGAAUUUCGUUCCGGCUUGUCACUUGAGGAGGCAGUCAAGCUUCUCAUUUCUGGGGAGAAGCGAAAACGGGAUUUUGCAAAGACAGGGAUGCCGCUCCCAGUGAGAUGGUACAAGGGCCAUUGGCAUACCAUGGGCAACCGCCGUUUGGCAGUCUAUCGGCUCUACAAAGCCACAUGGACGGUCUCACAAGAUUUUGGUUCGCAGGGUCAACGAAGCAGAGGCUUUCAGGUGGCCAUGGCAUCGCAAGUUUGAGAUUGAUGAACGCCAAGGCCGCAGCAUCCGCCUCAGGGAGUUUCAGACAGAGAUUGGCGAGACAUCAGAAGAAACUACUUUCAAACUCUAAGACGAUGGAUGGCUCCAGUUAAUAGCAUUAUCUGUUUGCAAGACCGGCCCUCGCUCGAACCAAAAA